UGUCCCAGUAAAUACUUUGAUAAAUAUUUAAAAUUUCCAAAAUAAGAAAGUAUUAUAAAUAAUAAUAUUAUGUUUUUUUAAAAUUAAAUAUGAAAUCAUUUUAUCUAUUUCCUACAUUCACAUAUAAUAUUAAUUCUGGUUAUCUAACUAGUUUAGAAAACAAAUUCAAAGUUUUACUAUGAUCUAUGUAUGGUAGAAUACGUAAUCAAUUGUUUCUUAUAUAUUAUAUUCGUGCUAUAAUUCGUUUGCCUAUAUCAUGACUAGAACUCGUCGAUAUACCUUUGUCGUGAAUACGUGUUAUAACUUUAACUAUAUGGUCUACCUUAUUUUGAUUAUGUGUUUAACAUAUUCUAUAUUUAAUUCUAUGCUUUUCCACAUCGGUGGGUUCUUAGUUCUUACUCAGAAACCUUUGAUCCCUCCCUCAAUCUUCGUGUCAAGCUUAAAAUGACCUUCUUGAUCAGAUCUAGUAGUACCAUGUCUCAUACUGAAAACGAGCAGCCAAGAACAUAAUUCAGUCCAACAAGUUAAUUUAGAAGCUCUAAAGAAACUGCAACACCGUAAUUUCAACAACACUAAGACCCAAAAAGGCUUAUAAUUCCAAACACAAGCCACUAUGAAACAGGAUGCUGUAUAUGUACCUCAGUGUAUCAUUCCUAAAUGAGCAGUCAAUAACAUAAUUCAGUGCAAAAGUUACGAUAUAAUCUCAAAAGAACUAAACACAAGCCGCAAUGAAACAUGAUGUUGUACAUGUAAAAAUAACCAAACAGAAGCUACUUCCCAAGAACCAAAACAAAACACAAGUUACAUUCAAAGCUCCAAAGAACCAAACACAAGCCACUUCCCAAGCUUGGUGCCAUCACGCUGAGGCCGUUCCCUUGAAACGAGAUGCCGCUAAUGAAACACUCAUUACUUCAGGAAUUUGUUUAAAUGUUAGAAUUCCUCCAUCGUACUAAUACAGUCGAACAGCUUGCCGGGUUUCAAACUUCCUUUGAAUUCUGGUCAGUCAAGUCGUAAACCCGACUCCCAGAUACGGUUGUCACCUCGAGGCGCAGCAGGCACUUCACUGUAAUGAGGAAAGAGAAGAUUGAGAUAUAUCAUAGUUUUAUGGGUUUUUGAACAUGAUGUAGGCCGAUUUUAGAGUCUUUUUGAUCUUUUUAGAGUGUCUAUGAGUCUUUGUAGGUUCAUGUAUGUUUUGGACAAGUUUGGAGCAUUUAGAGCAUUUUGGAGCCUAAGGAGAACUGGAGCUGAAAACAACAAGUUGGGAAAAUUAUUGGACAUGGUGUCGACUGACGCCAAACUCUUUGGUGCCGACACCCAUCGUGUGUAUAGCAAUCUCCACGUUGCUUUUAACAAGUUUCAAGAAAUUGAAGAAUGGCUUAAAGUUUCCACUAUUUGCAAUCAAGUCUUUUUCGUGUUUUAGACUUUAAUUAGAUUUUUGAGAGUUAUUGUAUUAUCAUCACUCAUACUUUGAGAGAGCUGGGAAGAUUGUAAGCUAUGCAGAAAAAAAAACAGAAUUUACCUUGUAGAGAGAAGAAUUUGAACUCCUUUACUUCUUUUGAUUUCUUAAUGCAAUUUAUUCAUACUAUGAUUUUGUGUUUUGUUUCUGUUAUUUGUCUAAGUAAUUCAUUUGUUAUAUUUUGAGAUUUUCAAGAGUUAAGGAUGAAUUGUUAAACUAAAUAAAAUUGUUAGCGUAAUCUUAUAGUUCUUCAUCUGGAUUAAAAUUAAUGUUAGUUCUAGAUUAAUCACCUGGAAUUUAGAUCUUAGGUUAAUUGAUAGACAUGAAAUUGUUAUUGAUUUCCUUAAUUAAUCAUAGAUGAGAAAAUAUAUGUCUGCAAAUAAAUUUAGUUUAGGGAAUUUGUGAACUUAUCAAAUUCAUUCUCAAUGCUUGUUUGAACUGUAUAUGCAAAAAAAUAUGGAAUUCUAGGAUCUAGAUAUAGAUAAUCUCUGCAACGGAAGUAGAAUAAUUUGAAUAUUUUCAUUUGAGUUUAAGAACAGUUCUUAAUUAAACCCAUAGCAAUUUGUCUGGUCUUCGAUUAUGAAUUAUUUGUAAAUGUAUUUAAGUCCAGCACAUUUCCCAUUAAACUUACAACCGCUUUAGUUUGUCUUUCAUAUGCAUUACAUAUAUUAUUAUUUAGCUUAAUUAGAAAACUACAAUCUAUUGAGUGUUCCUGAGUCUUUGUAGAUUCGACACCUGAAUACUACACUGCCGAGUAACUCAUUUGGGAUAUAAUUUGAGCAUAUCAAAUCUGAUUUUGCAAUCCCACAAAAAGGUUCUCUUCCACAAAAUCUUCAUCAUCAUCCUCUUCAAGAACCUGUUCAUUACGUUGUUGAUCCCUCAGAGCUUGUGGUCGACCUUCCAUCAGCGUUCGUAAUACAGCCUCCAUCGAAACUCGUAUUGAUUCACGGAACUAUGCUCCCCGUAAGACCUCCGCUUGGUCAUCAUGUUGUUUAUGAGAAUCAUUCUUAAGAGGAAUGUUUAGGAUUCUUAAUUUGUCUCUCAUACCAAUUUUUUUGUUUUAUAACCCUCUCAUACCAAUUGUUGCAGCAUUGUAUUGGGAUAAUCAAAGAAGCUGUAACCAAACUUUGAUUAAGUUCUUCUACGACUCAUUCGUAUAGCUCAAUAGGGAAAUAGAAUUGUGAGGCGAUUUAUCAGAGGAAAAAAAAGAGUCUCUUGCUUAUUAAAUAAAUAACCAAGUCUAAGAAGAACACAUACGUUCUCCUUUUAUUACACCAACGUAGUAAAAUCAUAAUCUAACGAGACUUACGAAAACUAGCGAUAACCUUAAGGUUGAGACAUAUAUUCAACUUGCGACUUCUCCUUAUUUAAAGAAAAUCGAAAAGAAUUAAAAAAAAAAAGUCACAAGCUGUCAAUAAAUGUGUUACCCUCGCCAAUAGAUUGGCUACAUCAGAGAAGAACUGAGAAAACCCCAGAGAAACCCUAAACAGAGAAAGUACCAACCUCACUCUAUAGUCUCUCGGUCUCUUAAUCUCUAUCUGUCUCAAUGUAAACAUCUAAAACUUUUCCUAUUUGUCCACGUGUAUAUAUACCCUUUUUUUUGCUUGGAUAGAUUAUUUGUCAUACUUAAGUCAACUCUCUCUCUCGUUUUUCCCUUCAUCCGAGUCUCAGCAUUUUCCAGUGAAUUAUAUAAGCCAACAUUAUUUAAAUUAUUUUACUAAAGAAAAAACAUUCUUUAAAUUGAAAUGAUUCGCUGUCAAAUAAAAAAAACUGAAAUGAUUCAUAAUAUUACUUACAGAGAAACAAAUAGAAUUUAUAAAUAAUUUUGACCUUAAUUUAAAUUUCGAUGAGCUGUAAUUUAGGAUUUAACCCCUUUUAAAAAGAUUAUUUUUAAAAUGGUAAGAAAUCGACAGAAGAAGCCACUGAUAAACAUGUAGACUCUGGUGAUAAGCUUCUUCCAUUCGCUAGUGAUAAAAUCAAAGAAACAUAAACAUAAAUUAUGUAACAGAAGAAAAACAAAAGAAGACGAUCAUCACAUGCGUGAGUUUACCUUCCGUUUUUCACUAAAGGUCAACGUGACGCAUCAUUUUCAUCGGUUGUAAAGUUUCGCUCCUGGUGCUUCUGAUUGUGCAUUUUGACCUCUUUGAGGAGGUAUUUAGGGUUUUUUCUACAAACCUACAGAUCUAUGAGUUUAAGAACAAGCAUUAAUAGGAUUUUGUUGAGUAUAAUACCUAGAUUGUCUAUAACUCGUCUGGGUUUCGAUUUGAAAACCUAUAGUCUUUGUGUAGUAGUAUGCUCGGCUAAUAUGAAUCAUAAACCAACAUUAUUUAAAUUCUUUUACCAAAGAAAAAACAUUCUUUAAAUUGAAAUGAUUCAUGAUGUUAUUUUCAGGAAAACAAAUAGAAUUUCGAAAAUAAAUUGCGAUGAUCUGUAAUUUAGGAUUUAAUCCCUUUUAAAAAGAUUUUGUUUUUAAAAGGUAAGAAAUCGACAGAAGAGGCCACUGAGAAACACGUAGACUCUGGUGAUAAGCUUCUUCCAUUCGCUAGUGAUAAAAUCAAGAAACAUAAACAUAAACUAUGUAACCGAAGAAAAAUAAACGAAGACGAUCAUUACAUGCGUGAGUUUUACCUUCCGUUUUUUCAGUUAAGGUCAAGGUGAUGCAUCAUUUUCAUCGGUUGUAAAGUUUCGCUCCUGGUGCUUCUGAUUGUGCAUUUUUUGACUUCUUGUGGAGGUGUUUAGGUUUUUUUUUUCUGCAAGCCUACAGAUCUCUUUGGCUUUUGUCUGUGUAGAAAGUAGAAACUGAUUUUAAGAACAAGCAUUUGUAGGAUUUUGUUGAGUAUAAUAUAUGGAUUUAACUCGUCUGGGUUUCGAUUUGAAAACCUAUAGUCUUUGUGUAGUAUGCCCGGCUAAUAUGCUCGUCUUUCAUUAUUAUUUAUUAUUUAUUUUCAUUUUUGGGUGACACUUUGAUGACGGGAACAUAAACUUCUGCUAAUAUGUCUCCUCUUUCAUAGCAAUGGAAAAUUACAGGAGGGACAUUAUCAGCCAGUUGCCAGAUGAUCUGCUCUUAAGGAUACUGUCGUCACUUUCUCUUAAGGAAGUGAUGGCAACGAGUUUCUUGUCCCGACGGUGGCGGUCUUUAUGGAAGUUGGGGUCUAAACUCAAGAUUGGUGAUAAAGACUUCAGCGAGUUGCUUGUCAAAUGGGUUUCCAGAUCUUUGGCUAUUAGUAACCCUCAGAUUCUAAAGAGCUUGGAUUUAAAGCUUAUCCCAGGUGAACUUGAUAGAAAUAUAAACUCUUUUUAUAGGUUCUCCUCUUUGGUUGAAACCGCAGUUUCUUGCGGUUUGAGAGAGUUGAGAAUCGAGUUUCUUUACACAUCACUAGAACUGCCGAGUAUCUUCUAUGCCUGUGGGACCCUCGAAACCUUGAUACUCUGCAGGCUACAUUUCGCGGAUGUUCCGCCUAAUGGUUCCUUGUCGUCUCUCAAAACUCUUCGCCUUUUAUCCGUCAAGUUCUCACGCGACGAAUCUGUUCAGAAGCUUCUAAGCAUUUGUCCAGUUCUUGAAGAGUUGGUUGUAAGACGAUCCGGAUAUUCCAAUGUGGAGAUCUUCACUAUCAAUGUGCCUAGUUUGACGAGUUUAUCGAUUGAUUAUUUACGUGCGGGAUCUCAUCAACCCGCGGGUGUUCAUGGAUUUGUCAUAAAUGCUCCUACCUUAAGGUACCUGAACAUUAGAGACCGUCACAGUAACUAUUUGCUGUUCACAAAUAUGCCGGUGCUGGUCAAGGCGAAUGUUGAGGCUGUUUGUGAUCAAUCCGAGAGUCUAAUAGGAUCUCUUGCCUCAGUCCGCCAUCUCUCUUUGUGUUCUAAAUUUUCAAACAUUCCAUACCAUGCAGGCACUUCCUUUGCCUUUCUUGAACAUCUAGAGCUGUGUACUUGUUCUUCUGAGUGGUGGAAUCUACUUUCCUUCAUAAUCACAGACCCCCUAACCCUUCGAGUUCUCAAGCUUAAGUCGGUAUGUAGUAUUCAGUUUCCUUAAUCUGUGUGUUUUUUCCUUUUUCUCAAAUGGUCUAUAGCGCUAACACCUACUUUGUGCAUCUCAGAUACAUCGCGCCCAUUAAUGGUUCAUUGGAACAAGCAGACUUUUGUUCCUGAAUGUUUGUUAUCGCAUCUCAAGAAUUUGGAAUGUAAACAUUUAAAGGCACAAAGCUAAACAAGUGGCCAAAGUAUAUCUUAGCAAACGCUGGUCUUCUGAAAUUAUCUUGUCAACAUGUUUUCGACCUUUUUUUAAUUGAAUGUAAAAUUGAUUCGAAUGAGAAACUCAUUUCUAUA